GCAACCACCUCCUACCCGUCCUCAACGCUCCUGUCGCCCCAAGACCGAUACGACCUCCGAAACAUGCAACGUCCAGACUUUUACCGUCUACUUUCUUACAUCGCUACGGGCAAUCGAAUACUGGUCAAAGGCGCCCAAUGGAAAUCAGAAGCCUCCGCCAGUUACAUUAGAUCUGGACGGCAUAGGAGCCACUAAGUUGAGUGUAAGCAUGGACAGAAGUGGUUUCAAGAAGUUAGAAUCUGCUACAUCCGACCUACGACAACGACUUAAGAUUCCUACGUUAGAUGAGAGGUACCCUUCUUUCUUCUACUGGGGCCUACCUGGAAUCAACCCAACCGACCAGAAGCCACUAGGUGAUAAGGAUGAAUUCCAAAAAAAUUGUAGAGCGCUACAUGGAGUUGAGUAGCGGAGACCAGGCUUCAUCCCGGUGCUUAAUCCGGUUCUGUAACCCCGUUGCCGACUUUCCUCUAGAGCCGGAGGUAUAGGUAGUUACAUGGAGGAUGGAUUGGAUAGCUAUAGACGGAGGUAUGGACAGGCGCUAGGAUUAGAUAUGUAGUAUAAUUGAAUGCUAUUUG